AUGGAGGAUGUGGCCGUGGUUUUUACCCAGGAGGAGUGGGCUCUGUUGGAUCAUCCUAAGAGGAAACUGUACAGAGAUGUGAUGCUGGAAACCUUGAGAAAUCUGUACUCUGUGGAUAAGCCUAAUGAAUGUAAGGAAUGUGGAAAAGCCUUUAGACAUUCUUUCUCUCUAACUCAACACAAGCGAACUCACACUGGGGAGAGGCCUUAUGCAUGUAAAGAUUGUGGGAAAACCUUUACUCAGUCCUCAAGCUUCAGUAAACAUAGAAGAAUUCACAGUGGAGAGAGGCCAUAUAUAUGUAAGGAAUGUGGGAAAGCCUUUAGUGUGUCCUCAGCCCUCACUCGACAUAUACGAAGUCAUAGUGGGGAGAAACCUUAUCAAUGUAAAGUAUGUGGGAAAGCCUUUAGUCACGCCUCAUCCCUCACUAUACAUAGAAACACUCACAGUGGAUUGAGGCCUUAUAAAUGUAAGGAAUGUGGGAAAGCAUUUUAUCGUUCUUCACACCUCAGUUCUCAUAUGAGAACUCACAGUGGAGAGAGGCCAUACGAAUGUAAGGAAUGUGGGAAAACCUUUGCUUAUUCCUAUUGCCUCUCUGAACACCUAAGAAUUCACAGGGGAGAGAGGCCUUACGUGUGUAAGGAGUGUGGGAAAGCAUUUUAUCGUUCUUCACACCUCAGUUCUCAUAUGAGAACUCACAGAGGAGAGAGGCCAUUUAUAUGUAAGGAAUGUGGAAAAGCCUUUAGUCAUGCAUCAUCCCUCAGUAUACAUAGAAGGACUCACAGUGCAGAGAGGCCUUAUGAAUGUAAGGAAUGUGGGAAAAGCUUUAAAUAUUCCUCAGACCUCACGAGGCAUUUAAGAACACACAGCAGAGAGAAACCUUAUGUAUGUAAGGAAUGUGGGGCAUCAUUUACUGUCUCCUCAGUCCUAACUCGUCAUAUACGAAUUCAUAGUGGAGAGAGGCCGUAUGAAUGUAAGCAAUGUGGGAAAGCCUUCAGGGACUCCUCACACCUCACUAGCCAUUUAAGGACUCACAGUAGAGAAAGGCCCUUUGAAUGUAUAGAAUGUGGUAAAGCCUUUAAGCAGGGUUUGUACCUCACUGUACAUAGAAGGACUCAUAAUAGAGAGUCCUUUUGA